UCUAUAUCUAAACAUCCAUUAAUUUCACCUCUUACAGUGUUAUCGAGCUUGUUCGGAGGUCAUGGGCGAUUAUUGGUGCAGUGAUGAUGACGAUUAUAAUUACUCCGAUGAGGGUUCCAUGGACGAAGGCCUCGAAGACGACGACGACGAUGCCGAUAUUAUGGCCGAGGGUCCCAAAACCAUGGUGAUCACAAGAGAAUCACUUGUCGCUGCUCAGAAAGAAGAUCUGCGCCGAGUAAUGGAAAUGCUUUCGCUGAGGGAACACCACGUUCGUACUCUUCUUAUUCAUCAUCGUUGGGAUGUGGAUAAGCUUUUUGCGGUAUAUGUUGAAAAGGGAAAAUCUGCCUUGUUUGCUGAAGCCGGUGUUACUGUGUACGAACCUUCGGGUUCUGGUUCUGAUUCUGAUCCAUCAUCAUCAUCAUCAGUUCCUUCUUUAAUCUUUUGUGAAAUCUGCAUGGAAAAUGUUCCCAGAAAUGAUGUAACAAGAAUGGACUGUGGUCACUGUUUCUGCAACGAUUGCUGGACAAGCCACUUUAUCGUUAAAAUAAAUGACGGCCAAAGCAAGAGCAUAACUUGCAUGGCGGACAAAUGUAACGCUAUUUGUGAUGAAUAUAUUGUCAGAGAUCUGGUGGGUAAAGAGCAUCCGGAAACGGCAGAGAAAUUCGAUCGGUUUCUUCUUGAAUCUUACAUUGAAGAUAACAAAAGAGUUAAAUGGUGUCCUAGCGUUCCUCAUUGUGGGAAUGCAAUUCGUGCAGAGGAAGAUGAACUAUGUGAAUUGGAAUGUUCUUGUGGUGUCCAGUUCUGUUUUAACUGCUUAUCAGAGGCACAUUCGCCUUGUUCUUGUUUGAUGUGGGAGCGAUGGUCGAUCAAAUGUAGAGAUGAAUCAGAAAAUGUAAACUGGAUCACAGCUCACACAAAACCUUGUCCUAAAUGCAGCAAACCAGUGGAGAAGAACGGUGGCUGCAAUUUGGUUUGUUGUAUUUGUGGUCAAGCAUUUUGCUGGAUCUGUGGCGGAGCCACUGGACGAGAUCAUACUUGGUCAUCUAUAAGCGGCCAUAGUUGUGGUCGCUACAAGCCACAAGAGAAACUAGCAGAACUUGCCAAGCAAAAUCUGUAUCGUUACAUGCAUUAUCAUAAUCGAUACAAAGCUCACACAGACUCAUUAAAGCUUGAAAGUAAGUUGAAAGAGACUAUGCAGGAGAAGGUUGAUCUUUCGGAGGAGAAGAUCAAUGAUUCAACACUGAGAGAUUAUAGCUGGGUGGGUAAUGGACUCUCAAGACUUUUCAGAUCGAGGCGAGUGCUAUCUUAUUCGUACCCAUUUGCAUAUUAUAUGUUUGGAGGUGAGAUGUUCAUGGAAAAGAUGUCAGAAGAGGAAAGGGAAAGAAAGCAGAACUUGUUUGAGGAUCAGCAGCAGCAGCUGGAGGCCAAUGUUGAGAAGCUCUCAAAGUUUCUGGAGGAACCCUUUGAUCGGUUUGAAGAUGAGAAAGUAAUGAAUAUAAGGAAUCAAGUUCUUAACUUCUCAGCCAUUGUUGAUCAUCUGUGCCAGGAAAUGUAUGGGUGCAUUGAGAAUGAUUUAUUGGGUUCUCUUCAUCAUAGGAUUGCUCCUUACAAAUCAAAGGGCAUAGAGAAGGCAUCUAAACUUUCAGCUUCUUCGUAAAUCAAAAGCCAAUUAACAGAUAGAGUACUGGUGGAACUGCAGCAGAGGUUAUAUGAGUUUCGACUAAAAGUUGCUUGUAUCUGUUGUAAUCAAUAAUUCAA